ACAGGCUCCGCCCCACGCUGCCCACUCCCGAUACUUCUGCGGCUCGCCGGCGCCCCGGAAGCUGCCCCUGUUCGGGGGUCACGAUGGGCAGCAAGAUGGCUUCCGCCACCAGGGUCGUGCAGGUAGUGAAGCCACAUUCUCCAUUAAUAAGGUUCCCUGACAGAAGAGACAAUCCUAAACUCAGUGCCUCAGAAGCUUUGAGAUCUGCUGGGCUACCCUCGCACUCAUCUAUAAUUUCACAGACUUCUAAGGGAAAUACAUCUCCAGAUUCGCUGAGGCCAGGGCCACCAGACACUGCAGAGAUCGUAAAAACAUUACCUCAGAAAUACAGAAGGAAACCUAUAUCUCAAGAAGAAAUGGAAUUUAUCCAGCGUGGAGGCCCAGAGUGACCACUGUGUUUGCUGUUUGCCGUCAGACAAAAGGAUUAUCUCUACAAUGCAGGACUUUGGAAACGUCAAAUAAAAAUUGUAUAUUAAACAACCUUAAUAAAUAUUCUGCAAAGAGUGAAGUAUGGAAACUCUA